AAAAAACAUACAUUGUGUUCUGUUUGUUACAAGGCGACUAAAAGAAGUAUACCAAACUCGGUCUUCUUCUUCUUCCUCAAUCCCGUCUGAAUAAUCAAAGCGAUUUUUCAGACACAGAUCAUCGCUCCAUGUCAACUUUUCACAGCUUCCGAAAAGCCGUCGGAGCCCUUAAAGAUUCCACAACAGUCAGCAUCGCAAAGGUCAACAGCGAAUUUAAGGAUUUGGAUGUUGCCAUCGUCAAAGCCACAAAUCACGUUGAAUCUGCUCCCAAAGAACGCCAUAUUCGCAAAAUAUUCUCUGCAACAUCUGCGGUAAGACCACGAGCAGAUGUUGCUUUCUGCAUUCACGCACUAGCCAAGAGAUUAUCUAGAACUCACAAUUGGGUUGUGGCUAUUAAGGUUUUAAUAGUCAUUCACAGAACACUAAGAGAAGGUGACCCAACAUUCAGAGAUGAGCUUCUCAAUUAUUCACACAGAGGACAUAUACUUCGUAUAUCUAACUUCAAAGACGAUACAAGUCCUCUAGCUUGGGAUUGCUCUGCAUGGAUUAGAACAUACGCGCUUUUCCUAGAAGAGCGUCUUGAAUGCUACCGUGUUUUGAAGUAUGACAUAGAAGCAGAACGUUUACCAAAAGGUUCAGGUGCAUCUUCAAAGGUUUGUUUUGGAGCUUCUCAUCAUUUAAAACCAACACAAAAAAUAAGAAUUAAAACUAAUAUGUUUUAUAACAACAAAUAUAUUGUUCAGAACGUGGAUUUCAAUGCUUCUCAAACGUAUAGAACAAGGAUGUUAUCUAAUGAAGAACUGCUUGAGCAGUUGCCUGCUUUGCAGCAGCUUCUUUUCAGACUUACCGGUUGUAAGCCUGAAGGCGCAGGCUAUAGCAACUACCUAAUCCAAUACGCUCUUGCAUUGGUGCUUAAAGAAAGCUUCAAAAUAUACUGUGCCAUUAAUGAUGGAAUCAUUAAUCUUGUAGACUUGUUCUUUGAGAUGUCAAGACAUGAUGCAGUUAAAGCUCUGAAUAUAUACAAACGAGCUGGCCAACAGGCUGAAAACCUGGCUGAUUUUUAUGAGUACUGCAAAAGUCUAGAGCUAGCAAGGAACUUUCAGUUCCCAACACUGAGACAGCCUCCUCCGUCUUUCCUUGCAACAAUGGAAGAAUACAUCAGAGAAGCGCCUCAAAGUGGUUCUGUACAGAAAAAGCUGGAGUAUCAGGAAAAAGAGGAGGAAGAUGAAGAAGAAAAAGAAAAAGAAGAAGAAGAAGAACAGUCUGCUCAGCCUGAAGAACCUACAGAAACAGAAAAUCAAAAUGAAAACACUGAAGGAGACCAGCCACUUAUUGAAGAAGAGGAAGAGGAGACAGAACAAAUAGAAGAAGAUACUAAACCUUCUUUCUUGAUAGACACGGAUGACUUGCUGGGCCUAAGUGAGAUAAACCCAAAAGCCGCAGAGAUAGAAGACCGCAAUGCAUUGGCUCUGGCAAUAUAUCCACCAGGUCAUGAAGUUCCAGGUCCAUCCAAUAGUUUAAGCUUAAUAGAAACCGGUGGAUCCGGUUGGGAGCUAGCACUGGUCACUCCUCAAAACAACAACAACAACAACAACAACAUUCACCGCUCAGCGCCUGACACCAAAUUUGCAGGAGGAUUCGACAAGCUAUUGCUUGAUAGUCUUUACGAAGAUGAUUCAGCGAGGAGACAGAUACAACUAACCAAUGCUGGCUAUGGACACGGUGGCACUGAGAGAGCAGCAGCACCACCACAAAACCCAUUCGAGAUGCAACAAGAUCCCUUUGCAAUGUCGAACAACAUUGCUCCUCCCACUAACGUUCAAAUGGCACAACAACAGCAACAACAGAUGAUGAUGCAUCAAAAUCCCUAUAGUUACUCUAAUCCCCAUGACUAUCAUCAUCAUCAGUUCUCAGCCGCAGGUCCUUCUCCUUCUAAUCCUUUUGGAGACCAUUUCCUUGCCCUCCCCGCUCCGCCAGGCUCAUCUGGUCAGCAGCAGCAGCAAAACAUACAUAAUCAUAUGCUCCUCUAGAGUGAUAAAUAAGAGAGCUUAUUCACUCUUCUCAUGCAUGGUUUUGAGCGUGUUUCCGUUUGAAUUUAUUCAGGGUGCUAUUCUUUCAUUCUUACUAGAUACCUAACUUCACUGGUGAUUUCUUAAUUUGAUUAUAUAAAACCCUCAAAUGCUCAA